GGCGGGGCGCGGAGAGUCAGGCGGUCCCGGUGCGGGAGGUGCUCAGUCUGGAUCUGGCAGCGGAGGAGAACGGAUCGGAAGAUGGCGGCCUGCCCUGCCCUGUGCGCGUUCCUCACUGUCCUCAUCGUACCUAGCCUUGCCCGGUAUAUCGAGGCCCUCGCCGCCAAUGCCGCAGCCGGGUUUGCCGUGUCGGAGCCUCAGGUGGCCAUGUUCUGCGGGAAGUUAAACAUGCACGUCAACGUUCAAAGCAGCAAAUGGGAGCCGGAUCCCUCGGGGAGCAAAAGCUGCUUCCAGAAGGAGGAGGAGAUCCUGGAGUACUGCCAGGAGGUGUACCCCGAUUUUAAGAUCACCAACGUGGUGGAAGCCAACCAGCCGGUCAGCAUCGAUAACUGGUGCAAGAAGGGGAAGAAGAACUGCAAGGGCCACAGCCACAUCGUAGUGCCCUACAAGUGUCUAGUGGGCGACUUUGUCAGCGAUGUUCUGCUGGUCCCUGAGAAGUGCAAGUUCUUCCACAAGGAGCGGAUGGAUCUUUGCGAGAGUCACCAGUACUGGCAGAACGUGGCUCGAGAGGCCUGUGUGACGGAGGUCAUGGUCCUCCAUAGUUACGGGAUGCUUCUUCCAUGUGCUGUUGACCAGUUCCGCGGCACAGAGUACGUCUGCUGUCCUCAGGCCAAGAAACUGGUAGAGCCUCUAUCUAAAGAGGAGGAGGAUGAAGAGGAGGAAGAGGAAGACGAGGAUGACUAUGAAGCGUACAAAAGUGAAUUCCCAACCGAGGCUGACGUAGAAGACUUCACAGUCGCAGUGGAGGAUGAAGACGAAGAGGUGGAGAAUGAAGAUGAUGUUGUAGAAGAUCGCGAUUAUUAUUAUGACAAUUACAAGGAUGAGGACGAGUAUAAUGAUGAGACGCCCACACAGGGCACCAAUGGGCGGACAAUGUCCGAUAAAGACAUUGUCACUGACGUGAAAGUUGUCUGCUCUCAAGAGGCCGAAACUGGGCCCUGCCGCGCCAUGUUUCCGCGCUGGUACUUCGACCCUCAACAGAAAAAGUGUGUCCGGUUUAUUUAUGGCGGCUGCGGUGGCAACAGGAACAAUUUUGAGUCGGAGGACUAUUGCAUGGCAGUUUGCAAAGUCACGAUCCCUGCCACCUCUGCUCCCUCUGAUGACGUGGACGUCUAUCUGGAGACCCCGGCCGAUGACAACGAGCACGCUCGCUUCCAGAAAGCCAAAGAGCAGCUGGAGGUGCGACACCGCAACAGGAUGGACCGGGCAAAGAAAGAAUGGGAGGAAGCCGAACGCCAGGCCAAGAACAUGCCAAAAGCUGAGAAACAGACCCUCAUGCAGCAUUAUCAGGCCACGGUGAAGGCUCUGGAGAAGGAGGCCGCUCAUGAGAAGCAGCAGCUCGUGGAGACCCAUCUGGAACGCGUGGAGGCCAUGCUGAAUGAUAGACGCCGCAUCGCCCUGGAGAACUACCUGUCAGCCCUGCAGGCCGAACCCCCUCGUCCUCACCGCAUCCUGCAGGCCCUGAAGAAGUACGUCCGAGCAGAGAACAAGGACAGGCUGCACACCAUCCGCCAUUACGAGCAUGUUCUGACCGUGGAUCCGGAGAAAGCGGCACAGAUGAAGUCCCAGGUGAUGACCCACCUCCAUGUGAUUGAAGAACGGAUGAACCAGAGUCUGUCCCUCCUCUACAAGGUCCCCUAUGUGGCUGAACAGAUCCAGGAUGAGAUUGAUGAACUCAUGCAGGAGCAGAGGGCGGACAUGGACCAGUUCACAUCCUCUUUCUCCGAGUCGCAGGGUGACGUGCGGGUGAGCUCCGAGGAGAGCGAGGAAACUCCGAUGAGAGAAGGAAAACUGGUCCGGCCAUUCCAGGUCAAAACAUUCCCGGCGAUCAGCGAAUCGGAAGGAUCCGGCAUGGCCGAUAACAAGCCUCUGAUCGGAGCCGAAGAGAAGAUUCUCAACAGCAAAGCUGACAAAGUGGUGAUCGAUGAGACCCUGGACGUGAAGGAAAUGAUCUUCAAUGCUGAGCGGGUCAGCGGAUUGGCAGAUGAACAGGAGCCGGAGAGUCUGCGUAACCAGUUCAGCUUCAACAGCAGCACUCUGAUUGGCCUCCUGGUCAUCGCCGUGGCCAUCGCCACCAUCAUCGUCAUCAGCCUGGUCCUGCUGAGGAAGAGACAAUACGGCACCAUCAGCCACGGCAUUGUGGAGGUGGAUCCGAUGCUGACCCCGGAGGAGCGUCACCUGAACAAGAUGCAGAACCACGGCUACGAAAACCCAACGUACAAAUAUCUGGAGCAAAUGCAGAUCUGAGGACCACCUGACCUGG